AUGCAACGAAUUGGAGCUGGGAAUCGGAAUUCGGAAUUGGAUAAGCCCAAUUCGUUUGUUUGGGUGGUCACGGAAUCAAGGCUUGGAAACUGGAGUCAAUUCCACGCCCCCACUCCGCGCGCGUCCGCUCUGCCUUGCGAGAUUCCGAGGGUGCGAGCUCGGAAACUGCCUGGAAUUUUUGUGAAGCGAAGCGGUAUUCUUCGUCUAACAGAACUCGCGAGCGAGGCAGACCCCUCGAGGCCGGCGACCACGCGCAGAGAGGACACCGGCGGCGCGGCUAAGGCCUCCCUUCCAUGGCGCCUCUCCUCCCUGGCCUCCCUCGUCCCGACCUCCAGCCCCUGGACCUCGUCCCCAUGGAUGCCCCCCUCCCAGACCGGUCCUAACCCUAGAUCGUGGACAGGAACAGACUGGCGGCAGGGGAAAGCAGCGGCGGCGACCUGCUGGUUGCAGAUUCGACACACAGUACCAGUGUACCACCAUUGACGACUGCUUGAUGAUCUGCUCUUCAUCUACUCGUGAGCUCUUGCUGGAGGAGGAUUCACUGUGCAACCGUUCGGCCGGCGGACCAGGACAAAGCCACCAAGUCUCUCGCUGCUUUCUUCCUAGCGGCUAGACUAUUCAUUCCAUUGCUUUCUUCCUAGCAGCUUACAGAAUCAUUUUUCUUCGAGUCUCUGUCAACGUUCAGUGUGUAUAGUAUGGUCUUCCGAAUAAUUAGACAUUUUAAUAUACACAUACUAUUUUUCAUACAAUUAGACAAUUUAUAUUGUCCAAACUCAACAAAACAUUCAAUUCCACGGUUUGUACAUCCAAACAAGAAUUGGAAUUAUGUGUCACCCUUUGAUUCCAACAAAAAUAUCAUGCACACCCAAACAGUAGAAUUGGAAUUAGAGUCCAUUUCAUUUCAAUGUUGGUUUUGGAAUUUCAUUCUAAUUCAAUUCCAAGAUUUAAUUCUGUGCAUCCAAACA